AUGACUACAGUAGUCAAUAGUGAUACUGACUCCUUGAACGUUCACUCUAUUAAAAUGGAAAUACGUGUUGAUCCAGUUGAUACGAAUACCAGUCUGUUAUUUGAAGCAUCGACACCCAUUUCAUUUGAUACUAUUCUACAAAAAUGCGGUGGUCUAGGACGAUUUCAACUCAUACACUAUUUCUUUAUGAAUCUCAUGCCGAUGAGCGCUGCAGCUAUUACUUUCUAUUAUGUUUUUGCUGCAGCUGGCAUUGAUCAUCGAUGUCGACUACCUGAAAAUGUAUGGCCAAAUGAUAAUCAAUAUCAUCCAAUCAAUGAAACACAUGAACUAUUAAUUAAUCGUUACAUACCAAAAACAACGAGUGGAACAAAAUGGCAACAAUGUGCACGUUAUUCAACUGGAAAUACUGAUGAUACUCUUGUCACUUGUCCAAAUGGAUGGGCUUAUGAUCGAUCAGUCUUUGGAUAUACAUUUACUGAAGAAGCUAAUCUUGUUUGUGGAAGUGAACCGAAAAAAAGCUUGCUAGCUACUCUAAUGCAAUGUGGCUGUUUUCCAUUACUUAUUAUUGGUUCUUUGGCUGAUAAAUUUGGUCGAAAGAAAAUAAUUACACUCGUUACGAUCAUUUUAUUUCUGGCAUGUUUGAUUACUCAGGCAAUGAUACAAUGGGUUCCUAUGUCAAUUGACAUAAAAUUUGGCCUUCUAUUAUUAAAUCAAUUUGCAUCAGGUGUUAAUGUUGUUGCCUAUAGUUUGGCAUUUGUUCUUAUGCUCGAAUUGACAUCAUCGGCGCAUACAAAUUUAGCUGGCAAUCUUGCACUUAUUUCAUUUACAACGGGUGAAGGUUUUGUUACGUUAUUUGCUUAUUUAGCAAAAGAUUGGCAAAUAUUGAAAUGGAUUAAUACAGCUUUUAUUGGUCUUGUAAUACCUUAUUUGUAUUUUAUGCCUGAAUCCCCGUUAUAUUUAUAUUCUAAACAAGACUAUGCUCGAUUGGAAGCACUACUACGACGAAUUGCAACUACAAAUAAGCGAAAAGAAGCCGAUUGGUAUCCUGCGUAUCAAGAACUUGUUCGUAAUCAAUCAACCGCAUCGUCAGAUGAUAAAGAAUUAUCAUUUUUUCAAAAAAUUCGUCAAAUUCUGAUGCAUGGGUCAAUGAUUGCUAAAUUAUUGACUUGUGUUCUACUAAGUUUUACAACAUUGCUGCUUUACUUUAAAAUAAGUUACGGUUUAGCUGGAAUGAGUAUUUCACCAUAUUUAGGAAUACUCAUCGGUGCGGCUGUUGAAGCAGCCGGAUACAUUGUAGGAUCCUUACUCAUGUCAACUAAACUUGCUCGUAAAGGUUCAUUUAUUCUUAUGAUAGCGCUCACUAUUAUUUGUGUUAUUCUCAUUCCAAUUAUUUCAAGUCGAAGUUCGAUUGCAACUGUCUGUAUCGCUCAAAUCGGAAAGUUUGCUAUAUCAGGUACAAUUGUUGUAUCGUGGAUAUUUGUAACUGAACUAUUUCCAACUGCAAUUCGAAGUGGUGCCAAUGGAUUUUUCAUUGCUUUUGGCCGUAUCGGUGCCAUUGUCGCACCCAUUAUUGAUACAUCAAUUAAUAAAGCCUAUCUACCGUAUACGUUUUAUGCAUCAGCAGGUUUAGCUUUUAUCAUCGUUUUGCUAACAUUACUUUUACCCGAAACGAAAUCGAAAUCAAUGGAUGCUGUAGAAGAUUAUGCUGCAGAUGAAAAUAAAGCGUAG